AUGUUUGCUCCCAAUGUGAUUGGCACUGCGAACGCCACGGCGGCCGGAUGGGGCAACCUUGGUGGUGGUGUCACGCAAAUUUUCAUGAUGAGUGUACUUUUCAAUCCCAUGGUCGAAUCUGGCAUUCUCCCGGACACUGCUUGGCGAUUGGCCAUGAUCGUCCCAGCGGUGAUGUUCCUGAUCGUCGCUAUCAGUUUGAAGCUCCUUUGCUGGGACACCCCUACAUCCAGGCGCUUCGACGUGUCCGUCACGGGCAAAACCCAGAAACCAUCCAUGAUGGACUAUUGUGAAGUGCUCAAGGACGUUCGUGUGGUCGUGAUGAUUGCCCAGUACUCAGCGUGCUUCGGCGCU